GCACGUUAUGCGCACGCGCGUCAUGUGGAGUGCGGUUGUGUAGCUGUGUGCAAAUGGCAGCGGGGAGAUAGCCCACGUUUAGCUUUCAGUCAAUCUGCUUCGAUCGGCGAGCGAGGAGGUGGAAUGGAGUCGGCGUACACGGUGGGGGUUAGCAACAGGUUCGCUUCUCUCAUGGCCGAAGAAGACGAUCCGGGGGACCAGGUCAUCAACGUCUCGGAGAAGAUAGACAACAAGACGGCGGCCAACAAGAGAAAGGACGCCAAGAGCGGCAGUGGAGUCGGGAAGCAGCAGAAGGACAACAACCGAGAGAAGACCGGGCAGCAGCAGCCGCAGCGCAAACCUGCACAGGAUUCGGGGAAACAGUCUGACAAACCGCAGUCGGCUGGGCGUGGCCGAGGUGGCCGUCAGGACAACCGGAGGAACCAGCAGGGAGAGGAGAAGGAGUUUUUCCCGCGAGGGGAGGGGAGGGGGAGAGGGGGACGAGGAGGGAGACCACGCCUCUCAUCUCGGGAUAAGGAAAAUGACUCUGGUGGUGAUCGUAGUGGAUUCGGUGAUCGGAGUGGAUUUGGUGAUCGGGGUGGAUUUGGUGAUCGGAGUGGAUUUGGUGAUCGGAGUGGAUUCAGUGAUCGGAGUGGAUUUGGUGAUCGCAGUGGGGGUGGGGAGAGGGGAUUCUCUGGAGGUGGGGGAGGGGACCGAGAGGACCGAGGUGAAGGGGGGCGGGGCCGUGGAAUGGGGCGGUUCAGGGGAAGAGGGAGAGGAGUGUUCCGUGGCAAGAGGGAGUUCGAACGGAGAAGUGGCAGCGACAAGAGCAGUUCGGUGAAGGCGGUGGAGAAGAGAGACGGAGGUGGAGCCCACAACUGGGGCAAGAGGGAAGACGUUGACGACUGGCCCGAGGAUGGAGAGGAUGCCCCGCCCCCUCCCCAGCCUCAGUCCACAGACCAGACCGAGCCGGAACAGAACGGAGACGAACCCUCCACCGACAAGACUGAGGAUACGACGACGGGUGGGGAUCAGACUGAAUCGGAGAGUCCCACCAAGGAGACAACGACUGAGGAAGAGAACCAAGCCAGAGAGAUGACCCUGGACGAGUACAAGGCUCUCAUGUCGAAAUCUUCCAAGGAGGUAAUCAGACAGAACAUGGACGAGAGGAAACCGGGAGAGAACGUCGACACCAGCCAAUGGAAGGACACCAUCAUGUACGAAAGAAGUGAGGGAGAAUACUUCCCCGGAACCAGGGAGGUGAUUGAGAAGCCCAAGACGUCUGGCAGGACAAAGACAACACUCGACGCCAAUUUCUUCUUCAAGGACCCGGCCCGACGAGGAGGGCGUGGCCGAGAGAGGGGCGGAGGAAGGGGGCGUGGUCGUGGAGCAGGGGAAAGUGGACGUGGGCGAGAUGAAGGUGGGCGCAGCCGAGACGAAGGUGGACGCGGCCGAGAAGAAGGUGGGCGGAGAUUCAGGGGCGGUGGUCGCCGUGGUGACUAUGGGAGAGCCCCCAACGUGGAAGACACCCAUGACUUUCCUAAUCUCCCUGGAGCCCCUCCAAUUACUGCAGUUGAGCAGUAGCCACCCUCUCAGAAGAGAGAAGAGGGUGUGGGUGUGCUAUAAUUAGAGUCACCCAAUGACUGAAUACUGUAACGUACCAUACUAUCAUUUUACGUAUAGUCAGAGAUCCACACUGUGCUUUUGGCAUCUUUACACUGUUGUAUGUAUAAUGAGCAGCUGCUACCACUGUACUGUGCGGGCCCAUACUAUGCAACAUUGGGGUAUAGUUGUGGGCAAAAAUUGGUAGAGAUGCUUGUGUUUUUGUGUGUGUCGUGUCGUGUCACAAUAGAAACAAUUGAUGUCGUUCAGUGUGUACGUUUGUGUGUGCGCGCAACGUUGGUGUUUUGAAGGUUGCGACGAGAAUGCAGCAGGACCAACUGAUCCGUGGUG